AACAACUGCUCCAAAAGAAUGUGUCUCUCUCCUGUUCUGGAAAUCAACAUGCAGUCUGAUUCUAACAUUACAGUGCGAGAUGACAUUGAUGACAUCAACACCAAUAUGUACCAACCACUAUCAUAUCCAUUAAGCUUUCAAGUGUCUCUCACUGGAUUUCUUAUGUUAGAAAUUGUUUUGGGACUUGGCAGCAACCUCACCGUACUGGUACUUUACUGCAUGAAAUCCAACUUAAUCAACUCUGUCAGUAAUAUUAUUACAAUGAAUCUUCAUGUACUUGAUGUAAUUAUUUGUGUGGGAUGUAUUCCUCUAACUAUAGUUAUCCUUCUGCUUUCACUGGAGAGUAACACUGCUCUCAUCUGCUGUUUCCAUGAGGCUUGUGUUUCCUUUGCAAGUGUCUCAACAGCAAUCAACGUUUUUGCGAUCACAUUAGACAGAUAUGACAUCUCUGUAAAACCUGCAAACCGAAUUCUGACAAUGGGCAGAGCUGUAAUGUUAAUGAUAUCUAUUUGGAUUUUUUCUUUUUUCUCCUUCCUGAUUCCUUUUAUUGAGGUAAAUUUUUUCAGUCUCCAAAGUGGAAAUAUAUGGGAAAACAAGACUCUUCUGUGUGUCAGUACAAAUGAAUACUACACUGAACUGGGAAUGUAUUAUCACCUUCUAGUACAGAUCCCAAUAUUCUUUUUCACAGUUGUGGUAAUGUUAAUCACAUACACCAAGAUACUUCAAGCUCUUAAUAUUCGAAUAGGCACAAGAUUUUCGACAGGGCAGAAGAAGAAAGCAAGAAAGAAAAAGACAAUUUCCCUAACCACCCAACAUGAGACUACAGACAUGUCACAAAGCAGUGGUGGGAGAAAUGUAGUCUUUGGUGUAAGAACUUCAGUUUCUGUAAUAAUUGCCCUCCGGCGAGCCAUGAAACGACACCGUGAACGAAGAGAAAGGCAGAAAAGAGUCUUCAAAAUGUCUUUACUGAUUAUUUCUACGUUUCUUCUCUGUUGGACACCAAUUUCUGUUUUAAAUACUACAAUUUUAUGUAUAGGCCCAAGUGACCUUUUAGUAAAAUUAAGAUUGUGUUUUCUAGUCAUGGCUUAUGGAACAACUAUAUUUCACCCUCUACUAUAUGCUUUCACUAGGCAAAAAUUUCAAAAGGUUUUAAAAAGUAAAAUGAAAAAAAGAGUUGUUUCCAUAGUUGAAGCUGAUCCCAUGCCUAACAAUGCUGUAAUACACAAUUCCUGGAUAGAUCCUAAACGAAACAAAAAAAUUACCUAUGAAGAUAGUGAAAUAAGAGAGAAAUGUUUGGUACCUCAGGUUGUCACAGACUAAGGAAAAAUCUAAGUUUCACCAAAUCUAUAUUGUGAAAAGUUUUAAAUUUAAAUUGUAAAAAAUGGAAUUACUGCCAAAUAUAAGGAUACAUUUUAAGUAUUGGUUAUGUUGUAAAUUUUUAAUGUGAAUGUCGAUAUUAGGUCAUAUAUAUUCAAUUUCUUCAUUACUUAAUGUAUUUGUUGCAUGGCAGUUUGUUAAAGUAUAUCAUGUGUAUAUUUUGUCAUGAUUAUGUCCAUCACAAAAUAUUCAUGUAAGUCAUAUUUUCUAAAGAAUAAAUACAUAGCCUUAAAGCAGUGUAUAAUUUUAAAAUAUAAUGGACACAAUUAUCUGCUUUUUAAAAAGAUAUAAUGUGUAUUGUUUGUAAUCCACAACUACAGAUAUAUUUAUAUGAUGACAGCUAGAGUAACAUUUAACAUGAAAAACAAAGUU